CGCUUCCGGCCUCCGGGACUCCGCCAGUUGUUCGCUAGCUGCUGCUAGGCUGCGCGGCCGCCGGCCUCGCCAUGGUCUUCUACUUCACCAGCUGCACUGUGAAUUCGUUGGCUUACACGAUUUACAUGGGCAAGGACAAAUACGAAAAUGAGGAUCUGAUAAAAUAUGGCUGGCCAGAGGACAUAUGGUUUCAUGUGGACAAACUGUCUUCAGCUCACGUAUACCUUCGCCUGCAUAAGGGGGAGAAGAUGGAGGACAUCCCGAGGGAGGUGCUCACGGACUGCGCACAGCUGGUCAAGGCCAACAGCAUCCAAGGCUGCAAGAUGAACAAUGUCAGCGUCGUGUACACACCAUGGCUUAACCUGAAGAAAACAGCUGACAUGGAUGUGGGCCAGAUAGGCUUCCACCGUCAGAAGGACGUGAAGAUGGUCACUGUGGAAAAGAAGGUGAACGAGAUCCUGAACCGGCUGGAGAAGACCAAGGCAGAGCGUUUCCCUGACCUGGCGGCCGAGAAGGAGAGUCGGGACCGGGAGGAAAGGAGCGAGAAGAAAGCACAGGCUCAGGAGAUGAGGCGGAGGGAGAAGGAGGAGAUGAAGAAGAAGAAAGAGAUGGACGAGCUCAGGAGUUACUCCUCGCUCAUGAAAGCCGAGAACAUGUCUUCUAAUCAGGACGGGAAUGAUUCUGAUGAAUUCAUGUGAAUGGAAAGCAGGACUUUGUAUGGGGGGAUCAGGGAUGGCCAAAGCUCUUAACUUCAUCCUACAAACUUGAUCAAUUUGGGGAGCUCAAGGGGGGAAAAAAUCCCUUUUUGAUUUCUUUUUUCUUUUCUUCUUUUUUUUAUUUU